ACGAAUCUACGUGUCCCCGUCAAUCCCACUCGUGCGGCUCUCUCUUCCAUUCCACCUACAGAGCAACGGUGGCGUCUUCAAACAAUUUCAUUCCCUGCUUGUCCUACAUUAGCUGAAUCGCUCAUGCAUACGCUUCUCCGUAUGUGUAUGUAUAUGUCUUGUCGCAAUUAGGGCUUUAAUUUGGGUGUAUUUCUGAUGGACUUAUCGCAUCCAAAAUCGAACCUUUCUCUAGGGUUUUCAUCGCAUUCAUCGCCGCCCCGCCAUACCCAGAUCGCCGACGACUCCAUCUCCCUACAGCUGGACUCCAGCCUCCGUGACACCACGCCAACCCACCCAUCGGCCCUGCCCAUCCCCUUCCAGCUGCUUGAACCCCAAACCACGGAGAACCCCCGUAAAGAAGUGAGCGAAAAUGGUAUAGUGUUUGAAAACGAAUUCGCCGAAGACGGUGUCGAGGAAAUCCGACUUCUCGGCCACUCCAUGUGCCUCAAGCGCCGCCGAGACUGCGAUUCGUCGUCUUCGUCGUCGAUUUCGAUGUCUAAUUCUUUGAAGAGGGUUUCGGUCGAACCGGACCUCGAGGCGCGUCGGAGUGCGGUUCGAUCAUGGGGUGAUGCGCCCCUGCAAGUGGCGGACCCCGAUAUAUUCGAGUUGAUGGAGAAGGAGAAGCAACGGCAGUACAAAGGGAUUGAAUUGAUUGCAUCGGAGAAUUUCGUGUGCAGGGCGGUAAUGGAAGCGCUCGGUAGCCAUUUAACCAAUAAAUACUCGGAAGGAAUGCCCGGGGCCCGUUACUACGUUGGGAAUCAAUACAUCGACGAGAUUGAAAUUCUUUGUUGUGAGCGCGCAUUGGCGGCUUUCGGUCUUGACUCGGAGAAUUGGGGUGUGACUGUGCAGCCUUAUUCGUGCACCUCUGCAAAUUUUGCAGUCUACACGGGAUUGUUACUUCCUGGGGAUCGGAUAAUGGGGUUGGAUACUCCGUCUGGAGGGAAUACUAGUCAUGGGUACUAUACUCCGAAUGGGAGGAAAGUUUCGGGGGCGUCCAUUUUCUUCGAGAGUCUACCAUAUAAGGUGAACCCGCAAACUGGCUAUAUUGAUUUUGAUAAGCUUGAGGAGAGGGCGCUUGAUUUCCGUCCCAAGAUACUUAUUUGUGGGGGAAGCUCGUAUCCUCGGGAAUGGGAUUAUGCCAGGUUUCGGCAGAUUGCGGAUAAGUGCGGAGCCGUGCUCAUGUGUGAUAUGGCUCAAAUAAGCGGAAUUAUUGCGGCUAAGGAAUGUGUUAAUCCUUUUGACUACUGUGACAUUGUCACCUCAACAACUCAUAAAAGUCUUCGAGGUCCUAGGGGAGGUAUAAUUUUCUAUAGAAAGGGAAUGAAGCCAAGGAAGAGAGGGCUGCUUUUGAAUCAAGGAGAUGAAACUGACCAAUAUGACUUUGAAGAAAAGAUCAACUUCGCGGUAUUUCCAUCAUUGCAAGGUGGACCACACAAUAACCAUAUUGCUGCUCUUGCCAUAGCCUUAAAGCAAGUGGCUACACCUGAGUACAGGGCAUAUAUGCAACAAGUGAAGAAAAAUGCACAGGCUCUAGCUUCUGCCUUGUUGAGAAGAAAAUGCAGGUUGGUUACUGGAGGCACAGACAACCAUUUGUUACUUUGGGAUCUAAGGCCUCUGGGAUUAACAGGUAAGAAUUACGAGAAAGUCUGUGAGAUGUGUCACAUAACUCUGAAUAAAAUUGCUAUUUUCGGUGACAAUGGAACCAUCACUCCUGGAGGAGUAAGGAUUGGUACCCCUGCUAUGACAUCUAGAGGUUGUCUAGAGACUGAUUUUGAGACAAUUGCUGAAUUUCUCCUCAGAGCUGCACAGAUUGCUAAUGUAGUGCAGAGGGAGCAUGGAAAGUUGCAAAACGCUUUUAUGAAGGGUCUCCAAAGUAACAAGGACAUUGUGGAGCUACGGACGCGAGUUGAAACUUUUGCGACACAGUUUGCAAUGCCGGGUUUUGAAAUUUGAAUGGGUUCUGAAGUUGCAGCAUGGAGGUUUUAUGGUCUGACAUUUGAAGGGGUUCGGGAAAGGAUUACCUUACCACCUUCCUCCACCUUUUAAUAAUUCCUGACAGGCCUCUGCUGCACAGGGUAAGUUCUCAAUCAAUGUCCUCAGAUUGUCUCUGUGUUAUGGAUCCGCGUCUCGCUGCAAUUAUUUUAACUAGGAUCCAUGCAGCGCGGGCCUUUUGCGAACUAAAGUGUGUCACAGUCGGUACAGUUGGCCAUUUUUAAGCGAGGAUUUGUUUUGGUAAUUAAUGCUUCUUUGCUGUUUUGAUAAAAUGGUGGCUGCGAACAUCUGAAACAACGAAUGAGCUUGGUGCUUGGGACAUUCUGUGAUUCAGCUGUCAAGACAGAAAGAUCAAAUCUUGAUCAACCAAACUUGAGUUCAAUCCUUCUUAAUUUAUGGGGAGCCUGCAAAAGACAUUGAAUUUGAUUUGUAUGUAUUGAAGCCCCUGAUAUCUUUUCCCUAUGUUUGAUACAGCAAGCACUCACAAUGUUGGAUCAAUGAUCCUUUGAUCCACUUGACAUUGUCAUAUUAUUUUUGCCAAAUAAUGUCGUUGAUUUUCA